AUGUCGACAAAAACUGCUCAGGAACUACUGUUACGCCACCCUCAACAGAGGCUUGAAUCUCCUUCGCGAGGCACAAGUGCUGCUCUCCACCUCCUUGGUCUUUCUAGUUUUGCAUACUCCUUCUGGUGGCUGGAGGCCCACCCAAACCCGGUCAAUGAUUCCUAUGGCCGGCACUUCCAACACUUGACCAUUCUUGGUCUCAGUCUGGCUACCUUGACCUUCUUGAUUGGUCUGCUUGCGGAUAUCGCUUUGUCUACACGCCUCUUCAAGCUUAAGAACAUCCUUUCUGUCACCAGUGCACCUAUGGAAGUCUUGAUCAGUAUCUUGUACUGGGGCCUCAAAGGCGUUGAUGAGAGCCUCGUUCUCCCAGACUGGGCACCCAGAAUCCCAUUCGGUGCGGACUUUUCUUUCCAUGCUGCACCUUCGAUAGCACUCAUCCUGGAUCUGCUCUUCUUUUCCCCACCUUACACCGUUUCCGUUCUACCGGCUUUGGGCAUUAGUAGUGGCAUUGCUGUUUCGUACUGGUUCUGGGUUGAGGAAUGCUACAAGCACAAUGGAUGGUAUCCUUAUCCCAUCUUCGACGUGCUGGGCACUACUGGCAGGAUUGGUCUCUUCGCGGGAAGUGCUGUCGUCAUGACUUGCAGCACUCUUUCUCUGAAGUGGAUGUACAACCGGGUCAAUGUACAUGCUCAGGACGUCAAGAACAAGCCGAUGUGA